AUGACCCAUAUUCACAAAAACCAAGGAAAGGGGAAAAGGCGUACAGCUGUAAACAAAGAAAAACAACUAAUUAAUCAAAGCGAGACCUCUCUGUUUCUGAAUAUUGAAUUACAAUCUGAGGAAGCUUUACCUCUAAUGCUACAAUCAUUCCAUGGAAAGCAAUUCUCGGACAGCUUGAAGAAGGUUGCUGACUCAUUCUCACGUCAUCAUGGCGGUGAUAUUACUCUCAAAGCAUCUAUGGAUGUCGGUGCUAUGCUAGAAGCUUUAGAAGAAUCAGUCUCCAGUGACGUAACAGUUGCAAAAGGGACUAGCACGGCGGAGAGUACCUAUGAGAUGACAUCAAUUGACGAUUUACACUCAUUGCCGGAUGAAGAGAAGACAUUUUUAGCCGACAAAGUCCGUAUAAUGAAGUCCGUUAUGUUUCUCAGAAAAAAUUACAUGCUAGAAGAUAUGAUGAAUGUCCUGUCCAGGAAGGGUUUGUUUACUCAUCAAUGGGAACAUUUUCGCAUUAACCGUAAAAGAAAUGCUGACAUAUUUAUCGCAACGGUGUUGACUAGCCCAAAAUUGCUUGAAGGCUUUAAACAGUAUCUACACGACCGAGGAAUUUAUUACAUUCUGAGGAUGAUUGACUUACAGAGCGUAACUUUAAACGAUAAAACAGUUUUAUCAGAACUAGAAGGAUCAAUGACAGGAAAAUGUUUAAGACCAAAUGGUGGCAAACCUCUUAUCAAAUUCACCAGCCAACAAAGAGAUUUACUUCUUCGGGAACUUGAAAAUGCAAAUGAUAUUGCUGCCAGUCUUUUAUCAAAGAUGGUUAUUAGUGGUGAAGAAUUCUUGAAAAUAAGUCUUCAACAUGCCGGAAGAAUGGGUAUUACAGUCCUACUUGACAUACUUGAAAAAUGUUCUGAGAAUCAUUUAGUCGAUUUUUAUUCAGCUCUGAAAGAAAACGGGUAUAACCCGUCGGAUGAAGAAUUUCCCGGAAUAAAAAAAUUCUUCUCGAAACGUACGUACAAUUUACGCUCACUUGCAUUUAUUAAUUUAUAUUGUACAACUUUCCUUUUAUAAAUGUCCAUAAGCAGUUUCAGAAAUAUAAAAAGAUGAACAGUGACUAAAGAUCCUGUAUGUU